AUAUGGGGGGAUUUCAGCAUUUGCCACUCCAGAAGUUGACGCUCACCUAUUUACCCUCCACGAAUUGGACUCCUUUAAACUGCCACCAAUUCAUCUUUUUGGCUUCUUGAUUUGCCACUGUUUGCAGAUUAUAGUGCUAAUCUAAUUUUAUUUGAGUGGGAGCCGGCCAACAUGUAAUUUUGGGACAUAAAUGCCCUCUGAUGUGCAACGAAGGGGAGCACAGUACAAAUCCAAUGUGGGAGCCCAGAUCUCCUUCUCCGAUUAGAAAUUUCCCCCCUUUGCCUCCCCCCUCUCGGGUCGCGACCAUGUCUGAGUGCGUCGCAAGGUCUAGGGCACGAUCGGGAUCCGCUUCGGCCACAAGGAGUAGCGCGAAGGGAGGUGGCCGCGGCCGUGUCACUGGCUUGCCGCUAAUCAUGUGCCCUAGAUGCAAUGAGGAGGGGGUCAUUGAGCUCACGGCCAAGACCCCGGAGAACAAUGGGAAGGUCUUCUUCAAGUGCCCGAGGAACCGACAACAGAAUCCAGGGUGCACUUUCUGGGAGUGGAGAGAUGGCUACGAACAGCUGUUAGUGGAUGAAGGGUUGGUGGGUGUUGAUUCCCCCUCGAUUGGAGAUGUCAUUCCCGAGCUAGUGGAAGCUACAACCGAAUUGAAGAGUGAGCUUCAGUCGGUGAAGGAGCAGCUGGAGGGAGUGAAGAAGGCGAACAACAUCGGCAAUGGCGUGGAGCAAGUAGUUACCCUUGGGAAGGUUAUGCUGAUUAUGAUGUGUGCUAUGUAUGUUUUCAUAGUGAUUCUGCUUGUGUGUUUGUAUGUCAUCCAGCGGCAAUGAGGGAAUGUGUUGGUGUCUGUGGUAUGUAGGAGUUGUACUCAUGUCUUUGUAUGCAUUCUAGUAACCGAAAUGAAGUGAGCUAUUGUUUCA